UUCAGAUGCUUCUUAUUGGUUGGCGGGCUCCUGUCACGUGAACAGCUGAGUGGGAUGGAACGCCGGCUUUUUUAACAAUGAGAGAUCUCUGUGCGGUGCUAGUGGGUUCUGCUGCCGGCGUUGAGUCGAUAAGCUUUCAACUUCCAACUUCGUUGCCGGUAUGAGAGAGCCCAGAGCUGCGUCCCGGAAGCCCUGUCGUACUCUUACCUGCCAGGUUCUGUGAACGUGUUACCUGUAAGACAACGGUUUCCCGCGGCACCAAUUCUGUUUCCACUCUGUCCUUGCUUCUGGGUAUUUGUAUUCUUCAUCGGCAACUCGACAUUCAGGCAUUUUAAAUGCCCUGGACCUCAUCACAUAUGAACUCAUCCAGUGUUCUGGACUUUUUUCCCCAUAAGACGACUAUGGCGUUAGGCAUCGCCAUGAAGUUUUACUUGCGUUCCUCACUGAGACGAGACCGUGUUGAAUGCAGGAUUACCCAGUCUAAUGAGCCCUUGAGACCAUGCAUCCAGACAACUGAUAAAACGUUGCUGAGUGAACUGAGCAACCAAGAAAAUAAAGUAAAAAAGAGGGUUUCAUUUGCAGACAGUCGAGGUCUUGCACUUACCAUGGUGAAAGUAUAUUCUGAUUUUGAUGAUGAACUGGAAAUUCCUUUUAAUAUAUCUGAAUUAAUUGAUAACAUAGUCAACCUGACAACUGUGGAGAAGGAACACUUUGUCUUGGACUUUGUGCAACCUUCUGCCGAUUACUUGGACUUCAGGAAUCGAUUGAAGGCAGACAGUGUUUGUCUUGAAAACUGCAUGCUUAAAGACAAAGCUCUUGUUGGUACUGUAAAGGUUAAAAAUCUUGCCUUCCAAAAGUGUGUAAAGAUAAGAAUAACCUUUGAUAGUUGGCAAACGUACACAGACUAUGACUGUCAGUAUGUUAAGGACUCUUAUGGUGGUUCCGAUAAAGAUACUUUCUCAUUUGAUGUCAGUUUGCCAGAUAGUAUCCAAUCCAAUGCAAGGCUAGAAUUUGCUGUGUGUUUUGAUUGUGAAGGAAGAAUUUUUUGGGAUAGUAAUAAAGGUUUAAACUACAGAAUUGUUAGACAUGGUCAUAGGAUUCCCUAUGAUCCUGUAUGCGUGUCUGUUGAUCAGUAUGGGAGUCCUAGGUGCUCUUAUGGCAUUUUCCCUGAAUUACCAACCUACUCUGGAUUUGAUAAACUAGGACCUUAUUAUUAAAAUUGCAUUAAUAUAAAUAUAUGGGAGGAGAUCGCCAAAGAAGUUUGUGGUGGUGCCAAUCCCAAUAAGGUAAAGUUGGGAUUUGAUGUGAAAUAUGUCCUUGUUGGGACUGGUAAUGCACAAUGAACUGAUAACCUAUACUAGGUUAUAAUGCUGUCUUGUAUCUAGCUUUCCUUUUUAAGGGAUGUUUGUUGUCCUAAUACUUAUCCAAAGUAGCACCUUGCACCAAAGUAAUGAUGUGGUGAAGCAAGGAAAAGUGAUAACCUACAGUGCUGCUAGCCUUUUCCUUUUUGUUGCUGCUACCUAUCCACUUUGUUACUUUAGUACUUUAGUAUUGUCUCCCUCGACAUUACCAGUUGGAAACCUUUUCAUGUUCCUGGGAUUUCUGAUAUUUAUGCCACAUUUUAUCACACUAAAAAGCUGUCCAUGUUUUCCUCUUGUUAUGGUUUUUACGAUAUUUCACUCUUCUCAGAUGAAAGGAUGUGGUUGGGCGUCUUCAUGUAAAUGUUUUGAAUGUUUCACUGCCUCACUUUGUGCACAAAUUUUGCACCAGGGCCAGAGUAUUCAUUGACAUGCCCCUUUAGAUUUGGUACUGUACUGCAGCAUUAAGUAUUAAGUGUUUUGAUCUAAUGGACUGGCAAGUUUUUUUUCUGCACUUUAACCAGGUCUCUGUAAAGUGUCCAGGAUCCUCUAGAAAGUUGAUGUAAAAAUGUAUUGCAUCUCUCAACUGAUCUGUGCCUUCAAGAAUUUCCCCUAAUGUUUAGUUUUUAAUAUCUGCAUUUUGUUUGGCUCAAUUAGCACUCAUUGUUGUCAUCCUCCCCCCCCCCCCCCCCAAUUUAAGGAAACAAAUGCAGUUCCAUAUUCCCCCAUGCAAAUGUAAUGGCCCCCUUUGGUUUCCUCCGGUGCUUUUAUCAUGCAAGCAGGUUAAUGUGCUUAUUAAAGUCCAGUGUUAGUAGAGCAAGAGAAUUUACAGAUAGAAUAGGCCACCAAAAACCAUGACAUGUUUUAUGAUUGUGGCCAUAUUUUUUUCUGAAAUGAAGCAUUCUGACUAUGGGCCUGUAGUGAUUUAUGUGCCGAGGUACACCCUAUAUGUAAAAAUGUCUUGAUAUGUACCAUAAGCAUUCAGGUUGGCUGCUGGUCGUCAAAUAUUUUUAUCUACGAUUGCUGUACAUGGAACUGUGUGGUUUGCCAUAUGGCAUGACGUUUGUGCACUUAAAUUAUAUUGUCACCUCUCCUUGAUUAACAGCAGUGGCGUCUUUCUCUAAGGGCAAAGACACACACUCGGAUUCGGGGAGAUUAGUUGCCUAUCGAUAAAUCUUCUUCGGGGCGACUAAUCUCCAGAACUGCCUCCCGCUGGCUAGAAUGUAAAUCGCCGGUGGGAUGGAAAUCGGCGCACUUCGUUUUCCGAAGUUGCCUCAUGAGGAAACUUCUGGCGACUUCGGAAAACGAAGCGCUCAGAGUGCCAUUCCGGCCGUGAUUUAGAUUCUAGCCUGUGGGAGGCUGUUUGGGGAGAUUAAAUCUCCCUGAAUCUGAGCGUGUGUCUCUGCCCUUAAACACUUAAAACUUUGGGCUUAGUGGUAAUAAACAAAAACAAGUUCCAUUCUAAAAGAAUUAGGCUAAGAUCUAAGUUCAUACUUGAUGUUUCCAGCCCUGCUGUGUGUGGUGCAUCAUAUCUCUACUAAUCCUUUGGCACAUGUGAAUUGCCAGCUUUACUUGUUUUAAUAAAUAUCUUUAUCUGUAAAUUUAAAAUAUUGGUAAGUCUUUACUGCUGACCAAGAAUGUAGAAGAAGCUAGACUUAGAAUCAGAAAAGGCUGAUUCAUUCCCAAACUAUGCAUUUCUAAUUGCAGUCUGUGAUUGUGUAGAGAAAAUGUCUCUAUCCCUUUCUUUGCAGUAUUGUGCCUAGAAGUGCCUUUUUUCCUGCAUGUUUGCAUUUUUAAGACAUAUACAUUUUUGUACACAAGUAUUGUAAAAUUGAUGCACUUUAUAAUCACAAGAUGAAAUUUAAAAUUUAUUUUUUUAGAGCUGUUUUAAAGUGAAAUGUAAUAAAGGUAGAGCAUUUAA